UCUCCUUUCUUAUCUUCUUAACUUUUAUGGCAUUGAUUUCGGCCUUGUGCGAUAUCUUACAAAGACCGACAAUUGGGGACGUUUUCAUGGAGCUGGUGAUGUUUUUGGGUCCUCUGUCAAUUGCGUUUCUUGUAGGGCUUGUAAUAGGAUGGUCGUGGAAGCCAAAAUGGGCGACUUUGGGGAGAAAUAAGCUGGAUUGUUCGGUGUUAAAACCUUCUUCAUUGUUACCAUCGCCAUCUUUUUUGCCUGGUUUGAUGUCUCCCACGUCGUUUGGUUUUGUUUCUAUACCAAAAAGUUUUAAUUCCUUGAAGCCACAGUUGCCCAGUUGCAUUUCAUGGAUCUCUGACGAUGGGGUGGAGAAGGAAACCUCUGCGCCGGCAGCUGCAAGUCCCAUCUGUAGUUCGUUACAGAUGGAAAGUGAAACAUCGGUUGCCGUGACGGGGGAGGAUCUAGAACAUUUGUGUCAGCUUGUUGAGGUGAAAGACGGAGGUCCAGCAUGGAUACAGAUGAUGGAUCGUUCAACCCCUAAUAUGAGCUAUCAAGCUUGGCGGAGAGACCCUGAGACCGGCCCUCCACAAUACCGCAGCAGAACAGUUUUUGAGGAUGCUACACCGGAGUUGGUGAGGGACUUCUUCUGGGAUGAUGAGUUCCGAAGGAAGUGGGAUGACAUGCUUAUACAUUCUGCAACAUUGGAGGAGUGCCCCACCACGGGAACUAUGGUAGUUCAUUGGAUACGCAAGUUCCCCUUCUUCUGUAGUGAUAGAGAAUACACCAUAGGACGCCGAAUUUGGGAAUCGGGGAGAACAUAUUACUGUGUCACAAAGGGAGUACCCUUUGCUUCUGUGCCGAGGCGUAACAAACCAAGACGUGUUGACCUCUACUAUUCAAGUUGGUGCAUUCGAGCUGUGGAAUCAAAGAGCGGGGGUGGCCAUCUGACUGCCUGUGAGGUGCUACUCUUCCAUCAUGAAGACAUGGGCAUUCCAUGGGAAAUUGCGAAGCUUGGUGUUCGACAGGGUAUGUGGGGAGCUGUGAAGAAGAUUGAACCAGGCUUAUGUGCCUACCAGAGAAGUAGGGCAUCAGGGGCACCAAUCUCCCGGUGUGCUUUCAUGGCACAGAUAAACACCAAGGUCAAGGCAGAGUACCUGAGAUCAUUAGAGACCAACAAUGGUUCUUCAGAGGUUGAAAACUUGGAUUUGUCUGAUGAGAAACCUAAGGGAAAGAACAUCCCCAAGCUCCUGGUUGUAGGUGGGGCUGUCAUACUUGCUUGUAGUCUUGACAGGGGCUUGUUGACCAAGGCAGUUAUAUUUGGAGUAGCCAGAAGAUUUGCAAACAUUGGGAGGAGGUUGUGACCACCCCUGCCUUACUCAUC